UAGAAUUCUUAGUGGUUCUCUUCUUUGGGAGAACAUUUCUAGGGAAUAAUACAACGAGAUAUAGGAAUCAUAAAACUUUGGAACGGACAAACUCAGAAUGGUGCUACAUGAAAACUCUGGAUCUGCUGACUUUAGCAGAUGUUUUGUCCACUUGAGUUCCUUCCCUAUUGCUGUGGUCUCAGUUCUCAGUGCCUGUUUGAUCACCAGUUCUCUUGGAGGAACAGACAAGGAGCUGAGACUAACAGCUGGCAAAGACAAGUGUACUGGGAGAGUGGAGGUGAAAAUCCAGGAGGAGUGGGGAACUGUGUGUAAUAAUGGCUGGGACAUGGAUGAGGUCUCUGUGAUUUGUAGGCAGCUAGGAUGUCCAACUGUUAUCAAAGCCCCUGGAUGGGCUAAUUCUAGUGCAGGCUCGGGACGCAUUUGGAUGGAUCAUGUUUCUUGUCGAGGGAAUGAAUCAGCUCUCUGGGAUUGCAAACAUGAUGGAUGGGGAAAGCAUAACUGCACUCAUCAACAGGAUGCUGGAGUAACCUGUUCAGAUGGAUCCAGUUUGGAGAUGAGGCUGAGGAAUGGAGGACACAGGUGUUCAGGAAGAAUAGAGGUCAAAUUCCAAGGACAAUGGGGAACAAUAUGUGAUGAUAACUUUAGCUUGGAUCAUGCUUCUGUGGUUUGUAAACAACUUGAUUGUGGAAGUGCUGUCAGUUUCUCUGGUUCAGCUAAUUUUGGAGAAGGUUCUGGACCAAUCUGGUUUGAUGAUCUUGUAUGCAAUGGAACUGAGUCAGCUCUCUGGAACUGCAAACACGAAGGAUGGGGAAAGCAUAACUGUGAUCAUGCUGAGGAUGUUGGAGUGAUUUGCUUAGAAGGAGCAGAUCUGAACCUGAGAGUGGUGGAUGGAGUCACUGAAUGUUCGGGAAGAUUAGAAGUGAAAUUCCAAGGAGAAUGGGGGACAGUUUGUGAUGACGGCUGGGAUAGUAGUGAUGCUGCUGUGGCAUGUAAGCAACUGGGAUGUCCAACUGACGUCACUGCCAUUGGUCGAGUUAAUGCCAGUGAGGGAACUGGACGCAUUUGGCUUGACAGUGUUGCCUGCCAAGGACAUGAAUCUGCUCUCUGGAAGUGUAAACACAAUGAAUGGGGAAAGCAUUAUUGCAAUCACAAAGAAGAUGCUGGUGUGAUGUGUUCUGAUGGAUCAGAUCUGGAACUGAGACUUAUAGGUGGAGGCAGCCGCUGUGCUGGGGCAGUGGAGGUGGAAAUUCAGAAACUGUUUGGGAAAGUGUGUGACAGAAGCUGGGGACUGAAAGAAGCUGAUGUGGUUUGCAGGCAGCUGGGAUGUGGAUCUGCACUCAAAACAUCCUAUCAAAUUUAUUCCAAAAUUAAGACAACAAACACUUGGCUAUUUUCAGGCAGCUGUGAUGGAAACGAAACUUCUUUUUGGGACUGCAAGAAUUGGCAAUGGGGUGGACUUACCUGUGAUCCCUAUGCAGAAGCCAAAAUUACCUGCUCAGCCCACAGGGAACCCAGACUGGUUGGAGGGGACAUUCCCUGCUCUGGUCGUGUUGAAGUGAAACAUGGCGACACAUGGGGCUCCAUCUGUGAUUCUGACUUCUCUCUGGAAGCUGCUCAUGUGCUGUGCAGGGAAUUACAAUGUGGCACAGUCGUCUCUAUCCUGGGGGGAGCUCAUUUUGGAGAAGGAAAUGGACAGAUCUGGGCUGAAGAAUUCCAGUGUGAGGGGCACGAGUCCCAUCUUUCACUCUGCCCGGUAGCACCCCGCCCAGAGGGGACCUGUAGCCACAGCCGGGACGUUGGAGUAGUCUGCUCAAGAUACACAGAAAUCCGCUUGAUGAAUGGCAAGUCUGCAUGUGAGGGAAGAGUGGAGCUCAAGAUUCUUGGGACCUGGGGAUCCCUCUGCAAUUCUCACUGGGACAUGGAAGAUGCCCAUGUUUUUUGCCAGCAGCUUAAAUGUGGAGUUGCCCUUUCUACCCAAGGAGGAGCACAUUUUGGGAAAGGAAGUGGUCAGGUCUGGAGGCACAUGUUUCACUGCACUGGGACUGAGAAGCACAUGGGAGAUUGUCCUGUAACUGUUCUGGGUGCAUCGCUAUGUUCUGCAGGGCAAGUGGCCUCUGUAAUCUGCUCAGGAAACCAGAGUCAUACGCUAUCUCCAUGCAAUUCAUCAUCUCCAGACCCAACAAGCUCUACCAUUUCAGAAGAAAGUGCUGUUGCCUGCAUAGGGAGCGGUCAACUUCGCCUGGUAAAUGGAGGUGGUCGCUGUGCUGGGAGAAUAGAGAUCUAUCAUGAGGGCUCCUGGGGCACCAUCUGUGAUGACAGCUGGGACCUGAGUGAUGCCCAUGUGGUGUGCAGACAGCUGGGCUGUGGAGUGGCCAUUAAUGCUACUGGUUCUGCUUAUUUCGGGGAAGGAACAGGGCCCAUCUGGCUAGACGAGGUGGACUGUAAUGGAAAAGAAUCUCAUAUUUCGCAAUGCCCUUCACAUGGCUGGGGACGGCACAAUUGCAGGCACAAGGAGGAUGCAGGAGUUAUCUGCUCAGAGUUCAUGUCUCUGAGACUGAUCAAUGAAAACAGCAGAGAGACCUGUGCAGGGCGUCUGGAAGUUUUUUACAGUGGAGCCUGGGGCAGCGUUGGCAAGAGUAACACGUCUGACACCACUGUGGGGGUGGUAUGCAGGCAGCUGGGCUGUGCAGACAAGGGGACCAUUAGCGCUGCAUCUUUAGACAAGACAACGUCCAGGCAGAUGUGGGUGGACAAUGUUCAGUGUCCGAAAGGACCUGAUACAUUAUGGCAGUGCCCAUCGUCUCCAUGGAAGCAGAGAAUGGCCAGCCCCUCAGAGGAGAUCUGGAUCACAUGUGACAACAAGAUAAGACUUGAAGAAGGAAACACUACUUGUUCUGGACGUGUGGAGAUCUGGCACGAAGGUUCCUGGGGGACAGUGUGUGAUGACUCUUGGGACUUGAACGAUGCUCAGGUGGUGUGUCGACAGCUGGGAUGUGGCCCAGCUUUGGAGGCACUAAAAGAGGCGGCGUUUGGUCAAGGGACUGGGCCCAUAUGGCUCAAUGAAGUGAAGUGCACAGGGAAUGAGUCUUCUUUGUGGGAUUGUCCUGCCCGAUCCUGGGGGCACAGUGACUGUGGGCACAAAGAAGAUGCUGCUGUGAGGUGCUCAGUACCUGAAAAAGAAUCAUCAAAUGCCACAGGUCACUCAUUCCUUGUUAUACUUGGGAUUCUCGGGGUAAUUCUGUUGGCCUUUCUCAUCGCACUUCUCCUGUGGACUCAGAAGCGAAGACGGAGACAGCGGCUUACAGUUUCCUCAAGAGGAGAGAAUUCUGUCCACCAAAUUCAAUAUCGGGAGAUGAAUUCUUGCCUGAAGGCAGAUGAUCUGGACCUGCUGAAUUCCUCAGAGGACCAUUGAGGUACACUGAGGUAUACUGAAAAGGAAAAUGGGAAUCUAUUACCCAGUGAGUUCAGCCUUUAUGAUACUGUGAUGAAGAAUGGACUAUUGAAUGGACCAAGAAUCCACCUCGUUCACUGAAGACUACAGUCCUUUGUCUCCUAGUAUUCCAAAGACCACUGCUGAAUUUAUAAAAAUUAAACAGUGAAUGUGACUACUAAGAGCUGUGUAUAA